CUUUGAGUUUUAUACGUUCCAGUAAGUAUUAUGGAUUUAAUUAUGCCUUUAGCAACAUCUCUCUUGUUGUCUCUGACACUGCUCCAACACUUAUUAGGACUUCGGAAAUUCCAUUUGCUUAUUUCCAUAUGAUUUGAUGACGAUUUUGUUUCAGCUAUCUCAGACCAUUUUGUUUUCCAUGUUGAAUCUAUCAUAUCAUGGGUCAAUCUUUUCCAGUUUUUGUUUGGAUUUAAGACUAUCUCAUGCGGAGAGGGCAAUCCAUAUGACUUGAGAAUAUGAUCCACUUUGAACCAGUCGGGACUUUUUAUUUCCGGUUAAAUUUGUUUACAUUGCCAACUCUUCGCUUGAUUUGACGUAUGGCUAUUUUGUAAAUACCGAUAUCCUGGACAGCAAAUGGCUUGUUGCGGCCCAAAUGCGAUACGAAUUAAAAAGCCAACUGAACCUGUGGUAAAGACAGGCUAUCUGAAGAUUUACGAAAAGGGGUGCAUUUGCAAAGGUUGGAAGUCUCGAUAUUUUGUAUUGUAUCAAGACAGCAGUCUAAUAUGGUACCCCGACGACAGCAGUUACCAGCACAGUGGUGGUGUUAAACUGAAGAUGGUAGCAAACUAUAUGGCAGUAGGACCAAUGUGCCUUCAUAUAACUGGGAGACCAGAGCUUCCCAAAGGCAGAUUGGCAAUCCAUAUGAUGGGUAUACCUAAUAUUUUCAAGAAAGGAACGAAAAAACUAAAUAUUGUCAUGAACUGGAUAUUAUUUGAUGGAGGAGAUGAUGAAAUGAAGUCUUGGCUCGAUGUUAUAAAACCAACACUACCUCCACCUCCGACAAGACCAAAACGACCGCCUCAUUCUCACCAUGCAAAGCAGAAGGGUCACUCAAAAAAGAAUGGUCAUCCACGAAAAAAUGGACAACCACCACCAUAUCGAUUCAAUUCUAACGUUGUGAAUCCUGCUAAAACCAAUCCUGCUUACCCACCAACAAAUAAUGGCUAUCCACCAAACCGGCAAACAAGACAGAAAGGAAUAAUUUUAAGAGGUGCACUAGGCAAUGGUCUCAGUAAAUACGGUCCAGGCUAUGGAUGGGGAUAUGGUUGGGGCUGGGGACCACAUCCUUAUGGUGGAUACUGGGGAAGUUGGAGCAGUUUUGGAAGUCAUGGAGGUGACAUGAACAUAGACAAUAAUUACUAUGACUGUGAUCAUGACAAUGAAGAUUACGGAUAUGAUGACAAUGAUGUUGGAGAUUUUGAAGAAGAGAGAAUGGGGAUGGUGGAGACUUUGGUUGGGGCGGUGAUGAUGGGGACUAUGGGUGGUGGAGGAUAUGGAGGUGAUGAUGGGGGCAAUGAAGGUGAUGGGAGCAAUGAAGGUGAUGGGGGCAAUGAAGGUGACGGGGGUGGUUAUUUUGGUGGGGAUGGUGGCGGUGGUGAUGGUGGUGAUGGCGGUGGAUGUGGAGGGGGAUGCGGAGGUUGUGGAGGAUAGAUGUUCCCUCUGUUGUGCAAAGCAUUUGAAGGAUUUUAUUUUGUAUUUUUUUUAAGAUAUUGUAACAAUUUUAAACAUAGUACUAUAUACAUAAAUGUACUUAGAUUAAAUGUAGAAUGGCACACAUUUAUUGGUUUUUCGUGAUUUUGUCUUUUGUAUGUCUUUCAAACAACAAAAGGCAACAGGUCUGCCUAAUGUAAGAUUUUUUUGUGCCUUUUUGUAAUGAAUCAACGACAGAAAUAAGUCUAUGUGGAUAUUUUGGGCAUAAACUUGAAAUACACACGUCAUGAAUUCACAAAAACGAGCUUUUCGUUUUUAUAUUAUUUUAUUGUGAUAUAAAUGAAAACAGGCUUUUCACUCAGGUUUUAAAUAAGUCGCUAAAAGCUUAAAAUGAAACUUUCUAUUUAGUAUGACAUUAAGAUUCUAAAACUUGCUUAAAUAUCAACUUUAAGACUGUCUCAUUUCCGCUUAUUGUCUACGAGACAAACCGCUUAUUGUCUACGAGACAAACCGCUUAUUGUCUACGAGACAAAUCGCUUAUUGUCUACGAGACAAACCGCUUAUUGUCUACGAGACAAACAUAAUCUAUACAGUUUUAAUAUGUUCCAUUUUGAGGUUUAUAAAUGUACUGUUUAACUUAAAUAUAUUUUUUAGUAUGUUCCAUCUUGAGGUUUAUAAAUGUACUGUUUAACUGAAAUAUAUUUUUAUCUCAAAUAUUUUUAUUGGUUUUUCAAUGUUAUAUGCUAGACAAUAUCGUGUGUUUCUUCUAUUUCAUUUGGGGAAAUGUCUGCCAUUACAGUUGUUAUAUAAGUAAUGAAAUCCGUCUCUAAUUUAGUUACAUUUAUAUUUUAUAUCAACUAACACUUUACAUUGAUCAACGUUGAUGUAGAAUAGUAUUUAUUAUUUUCUGAUGUUUUUUGUGGUACCUAUAAUGAACAGAGUGAAAUAUGCCAUGGAUAUUAUUUAAGAUUGUUUGCUCAAGUAAAUACUUGGUUUUUAAUGUAUAUCGGGGGUUUUAAUUUAAUUUUGGUUGUGUUUAUUCAAAUUUAAUUUUUGCUGUUUUAUUUUGUUUUUAAAUUUUUUUAGUGUUGCAUUUAUAACUAGAAUGAGCAGAAUGGCUAAAAAUGAAAACAAACUUAGUAGUUCUAUGUAUAAGCUUAUUUUCAAAUUACAUGAUGAUGGUAUUUGUGAAUUUAAAUGGGUGUCAUUUGUAAAAUCUAUAUUUGACAACUCAGGAAUAGGUUAUAUGUUUUUCAACCAAUACAUUGAUUAUUCAACUAUCAAACCCGUUAUAAAACAGAUUUUUCAAGAUCAGUUUCUUCAAAAGUGGUUCAGUAAUAUCGAUAACUCGUCUCGUGGCGAAUGUUAUAAGUUAUUUAAAUCUCAGUUUGGCCUGGAAAAUUAUCUAUUACGUCUUCCAGAGGAUAAAAGAAUCUGGAUUUGAUAACUGAGAACAUGUAACCUAAACAUUCCUAUGGAAACUGGCAGAUGGUACAGCAUCGCUAGAACAGAUCGCAUAUGUACCUUAUGUAAUGAAUCAUGUAUUGGUGAUGAAUAUCAUUAUUUAUAUGUAUGUAAUAAUAGUACUAUUACUGAACUUCGGAAGAAAUAUGUACCGAAAUAUUAUACAACACUAGAACACACCCGUGAUAUCGCGGGUCCGUGACUGAAUUAAUGUAUAUAACUAAGCGUAUGCCUUAUUUUAGUAUUGGUAUAAAAGACGCACAGUUU